AUGCAGCAGCCAGCCAAUAAGAAGAAGGAGCGUCCAGAGAUCUCUCUGCCAUCAGACUUUGAGCACACUAUCCAUGUUGGCUUUGACUCCGUCACUGGAGAGUUCACCGGCAUGCCUGAGCAGUGGGCACGGUUACUCCAGACGUCCAACAUCACCAAACUCGAGCAGAAGAAGAAUCCUCAGGCCGUUCUGGACGUGCUUAAAUUCUACGACUCUAAAGAAACGACCAACAGCCAGAAAUACAUGAGCUUUACAGAUAAAGGUGCGGAUAACUACAGCUCUUCCAACGCAGUGAACUCCAAGACUGUUUCCGAGACCCCCGCCGUGGCCACCGUCUCCGAGGAUGAGGAUGAGAAUGAAGCCACGCCUCCACCCAUCAUCGCACCCCGUCCCGAACACACCAAAUCUUGUGACAAAACACGCAAGAAGAAGAUGACCGACGAGGAGAUACUUGAGAAACUGCACGUGCUCAGAUCGCCCUCUGCUGGAAGUAUAGUCAGCGUGGGCGACCCGAAGAAGAAGUACACGCGAUUUGAGAAGAUUGGCCAGGGGGCGUCUGGAACAGUCUACACAGCCAUAGACAUCGCCACAGGACAAGAGGUGGCCAUCAAACAGAUGAACCUACAGCAGCAGCCCAAGAAAGAGCUGAUCAUCAACGAGAUCUUAGUCAUGAGGGAAAACAAGAACCCCAACAUCGUCAAUUACCUGGACAGUUACCUGGUGGGGGACGAGCUGUGGGUGGUGAUGGAGUAUCUGGCUGGAGGCUCUCUGACAGACGUGGUGACGGAGACGUGUAUGGAUGAAGCGCAGAUCGCCGCCGUCUGUCGGGAAUGUCUCCAAGCGCUGGAGUUUCUGCACUCGAAUCAGGUCAUUCACAGAGACAUCAAGAGCGACAACAUUCUGCUGGGGAUGGAUGGCUCCGUCAAACUCACUGAUUUCGGCUUCUGCGCUCAGAUCACUCCUGAACAGAGCAAGCGGAGCACCAUGGUUGGGACGCCAUACUGGAUGGCCCCGGAGGUGGUGACCCGCAAGGCCUACGGGCCCAAAGUGGACAUCUGGUCCCUGGGCAUCAUGGCUAUCGAGAUGAUCGAGGGCGAGCCGCCGUACCUCAACGAAAACCCUCUGAGGGCUUUGUAUCUCAUCGCCACCAAUGGAACGCCGGAGGUGCAGAACCCAGAGAAACUCUCGUCCGUGUUUCGGGAUUUCUUAAACUGCUGUCUGGAGAUGGACGUGGAGAAGAGAGGCUCUGCCAAGGAGCUCUUACAGCAUCAGUUCCUAAAAGUGGCCAAGCCUCUGUCCAGCCUCACGCCGCUGAUCAUCGCAGCUAAAGAGGCGGCCAAAAACAACCGCUAGCCGCUCCAGGACAACGGGACGACCCCCCGGCCCCACCUGUCCUCCACCCCGACCCCCAGAGGCCUCUCGCUCUCUCUCUCUCUCUCUCUCUCUCUCUCUCUCUCUCUCGUGCCGCCCCUCGCCCUCUAGUGCUGCUGUUUCAGGGUCUGAGCACUCACGCUGUGGCCCCUGAAAAGGCUCUGAUGAAUGACUACAUCACUGGAAACAAAUGGCCACGGCGCGUCAGGCCCAAAGCAUUAUGGGGGAUUUCCCCCUGGCUGACUCUCUCUGGGUCUCACUGUCAGUUUUUCUGUUGCUUUUUUUGUCGUUUGCUUUUGUGUUGGAAUCAUGGGAGCAUGAUUGAUGUUUUCAUGUUUGUAUUUGUUGGGGUUUUUGUUCAUUUUACAACGUUUUUUUUUAAGUUUUUGUGUGUGAGAUAGUGUGUAUGUGUUCGUGUGUGUUCGCCGGGUCAUAGGUUAGCUGAGAUUGUGACAUGAUGACACGUUUGUACUGCGAUCGACAGAAAGAUCUCGUUUUUUUGAUAUUGAAACAUGAUUUGCAACAGACUAUUGAUUAAGGUACUAUGAAGGAUGCCUGUGCAUGAAGAGACUGCAUUUCAGAUGAAGAAACGACCACCUGAGGUCCGUUCUGUCCCAUAAUCACUCCACACGGCGGAAACCCAACGUAACAUCAAUGCGCUACGAUCUUUUGUGUUGCCACAAACAUUAAUGGAAUUGAAAUUUUCGGAUAUUACGUUCACGUACCCUUUGGCCUUAAACUGUGACGUGAAUAGUAGGACGUAACGAAGACGACACAACACACCAAGAUGCGAUCUGACGCCAUUCUGAUUCUUUCAGUGGACUGAUGGGAUUUGUUUAGAAGAGAAUCUUUCCUGUAAGCAAUCAGUGCGUUUCUGCGAGCCAUAAACUCUUUAUAAGGCCUUUUGAUGAACUGAAAUUCUUAAUUGAAAUGGGACGAAUAAACUUCAGAAGUAAUUAGUGUCCAGGUGAUCUUUUGUAACUGCCGUGUUGUUGACCUUUGUGUUUAAUAACUUUAUU